CUUUGAAGUUUUUUUUGUUUUUUUGAUAAAACGGUAACAAUUUCAUUUAUUUCAUAGUAGAAUAAUGACAAAGAUGUUGAGAUUUCUGUUAUUGUUAUGUUUAAUUUACGAAUCUGCAGGUAGGGAAGGGUUUGGUCCGACCGAUCAAGAAUGGGGAUAUUCAACAGUUAGACCAGAUUCCUACAUGUUCUGGUGGUUGCAUUUUACUACAGCAGAUGUUUCGAAUCCAACGGAAAGACCUCUGAUCAUUUGGUUACAAGGUGGUCCUGGAUCUUCCUCGACAGGAUACGGUAAUUUCGCCGAAUUAGGACCAUUAGAUCUGGAAUUAAAACCACGAAAUACCACGUGGGUUCAAUGGGCUAACGUAUUAUUCGUUGAUAAUCCAGUUGGAACUGGAUUUGGUUAUAUUGGUGAAAAUGGUUCUUUCGCUUUGAAUAAUACCCAAAUCGCACAGGACUUUCUGGUUUUUAUGAAAGAUUUCUACCAAAAGCUACCACAAUUUGAGAAUAUACCCUUAUAUAUAUUUUGUGAAUCGUACGGUGGGAAAAUGACACCUGAAAUCGCGUUGUUCAUAUAUAAGGCGCAAAAAAACGGAGAAAUACCAUCAAAUCUCAAAGGUGUAGGUUUAGGAGAUGGUUGGGUAUCCCCAAUCGAUUCAGUAUUAACAUGGGCACCUUAUUUAUUGAAUUUGGGUUUGGUCGAUCAAGAUGGUUACGAAUCUAUAAUGAAACAAGCAUACAAAGCACGAGAUGCUAUAGAUAGAGAAGAUUACGAACAAGCUUUCAAUUUAUGGGGUUUGAUAGAAGAAGUAGUGGAAAAACAAACUUACAACAUCGAUUUUUAUAACGUAUUAUUAAAACCGACGGCUCCCAUAAAAAAAAUAGGGUUAUAUCGAUCUUAUUUGGGAGACGCUCUUAGUGACAUAAUGAACGAUUUGGUGGCGCCCGCUUUAGGAUUAACUCAUAAAUGGGACGAUGUCGAUGGCGGGGUUUUUAACGCAUUAGGACCUGAUUUUAUGAGACCGGUUAUUCAUCUAGUGGAUGAAUUAUUGGACACUACAGAUCUCACUGUAGCCGUAUACAAUGGUCAACUCGAUUUGAUUGUAGAUACACCCGGAACCGUGAAUUGGAUAAAGGAGAUGAAAUUUAAAGAUAAAAAAUUAUGGGAACAUGCUGAACGUUUACCUUUCCAUAUCAAUGGAUUUAUGGAGGGAUACGUUAAAAAAUAUGAUAAAUUCGCUUUUUAUUGGGUGAAUAACGCCGGGCAUAUGGUACCCGCCGACAAUCCUUCUGGUAUGGAAUAUAUAUUGAGAGAAGUUACCAAUAAUUUUGAGGUUUGAAUCGUAUCUAAACAUAUGUAAAUGCUUUCGAAAAAAUAAAGAAUAUUAAUAAUAAAGAAAAAAGAAGU